UUUUCAUUAAUCUAAUCUACCAUUUAAAAUCUUGUAUUGUCAGUUUAUUCUAUGCAUACCCGCAAUGCGUUUGUCUUUGUGUUUUUGCAGCUUAACCAGAUAUUAAUGUCAAAAAGUGUAACUGUCAGAGGAAAUGGGUUGAUUUUUGUUUUACUGAUUUAACAAUUUUUUGAACAUUUUCUUUACAAUUUUAAGUGGAAUACGAACAAAUAGCUCAUAUAAUGAUAAGUUGAAAUUCCGUCUGAUGAGACUGAAUUUAUCUAUGAAUAAUAGUGGGUGACUUCAUCGCGUAGUUAUUUAUUUUCAUAUUUGUGCCUGUCGUUGCUAAACAUUCGGAACUCGGCGAAAAACGGUGAAAUCGAUUUUUCAUCAUUUAAUUGCUAUUUUGUUAGGUGUCCGUUGGUUUUUUGGAUAAAUUAUAAGUUGAUAUAAAUAAGUUCCUUUUCAAUAAUUGAGUUGAAGUUUUGAAAAACAGUGGAUGUUCUGAUAAAAUGAGGAUUUUUGGAGUAUUAACACUUAAUUUUUUAAGUGAUUCUAUUUCUGGUGUGUUAGUGCAUUGUUAUUGAAUUUGAAAUAUCUUGGAAAUUUGGGCAUGGAAUAGUCGUAGAAAAUUUGCAUUAAAAUGGACAGAAUGUGUAAUGUGUGCAAGACAUUGUUCCUUAUUCCAAAGGGAAUAUUCAGGUUAUGCUUCAUUCUCCUGAACAAUGUUUACUGCAUAGGCACUUACACAAUUUGGAUGAUAAUGCUCUACCCCUUGAGGAGGCUGGGCUAUCAGGAUAUGUAUUACAAAAUAGAAGGAAAAAUGUUCCAUUGGAUGCUAGCUAUGGUAGCCAUGUGGAGUUGGUGGGCAGGAUAUGAAGUAAUGGAAGCCGGAGAUGACAUUACAGAAUGUCUCGAAGACAGGACGUUGGUAAUAGCCAAUCACCAGUCUACAGGAGAUGUGCCAUUGUUAAUGGCUACCUUCAACACCAGACGGCAAAUAUUGCCAAAUAUCAUGUGGAUAAUGGAUAGCGUAUUCAAAUACACGAAUUUCGGCAUUGUUAGUGUGAUCCAUCAGGAUUUCUUCAUUAUGUCGGGUAGAAAACUUAGAGAAAGAUCGCUUCUCAAUUUAGCAAGCCACAUCUACAAGAAGUACAUACCUCUAAAGAGAAAAUGGCUCAUUCUGUUCCCAGAGGGCGGUUUUUUGAGGAAACGUAAGGUGGGAUCCCAAAAAUACGCGCUCAAAAAUAACCUCCCCCAUUUGGAGCAUGUGACUGUACCCCGUGUCGGUGCUCUGCACACCAUUAUGGACUGUUUGAAUCCUGAAAAGGUGGCCGCAAACAAUAACUCUACCAUAGAUGAAACAUCCGUCCAAAAACUUGAAUGGAUACUCGAUAUAACGAUUGCCUAUCCGAAAGGCAACCCAAUAGAUUUAGCUGAAAUUGUUUUCGGUUAUCGCCCCCCUUGUAAGACUUUGAUGGUUUACAAACUGUACCCCUUGAGUCAAGUGCCUAAAGACCCAGACAGCCUGUCGAAAUGGCUCUUAAAUCGCUGGGUCGAGAAAGAAAGAAUGUUAGAAACCUACUACCAAACGGGAGAGUUCCCUUUGGACGAAAAUUCUCAGUUGCCGACACCCGUUGUCCAAGACCCAUUACGUUUCCUAAUUCUACAUUUGAUUUUCAUAGCUUCAACUUAUUUCCAUGUACAGGUAUUCGCUGCAGCUUACCAUUAUUGUAGUUACCUUAUUUAUUAGCACAUUUUUUCGUUUGUUUUGUGAUAACACAGGAAAGGACAAUAAUAAUUAAGAAAGCACAAAUAGCAUCGAUCAGAAAUGAUAAUGCUGAUUUGUCAAGUCUUAUCUGACCAUUGUCGACUCUUCGUCAAAUCUUUAUAUUUUUGAAGAAUUUUUUUUUUAACAAAUUGGGAUCGAUCCAAUGAUGGAGGUGAAAUAGUUGAGCCUUGAGACAGACACCGAUAAAGGCUUCUUGUAGUUAUAUUGAGUUUUAUAAAUCCAGAUCGUAUUUUCUAAUUUGAAUAAUAAAGGUACAAGCAAAUAUGGGUUUUUCACUGUACCAACAGCAAGCACACUGAAAACGAUAGGAUACAUUAUUGAUUAGGUAUUUAUUGUGAAAUAUUUCGAUGUGAAUAUUUUUUAAACACAAGGCAAGUGCAGAACUUAUGAUAUACUUAAUUAUUCCUAAUAACAUAUGAUAUAACUAUUAUCAAAUCCAAGAAUCAAUAAAUUAUUACGUAUA